UGUGUGUGUGGUCUUUUUUUGAAUUUGUUUAAAUUGUUUAAUUGUUUCUUGCGCGCUUUAUAUAAAGUAAUUAAAAAGUAUUUAAAAAGGUAUAUGUAUGUAUAUCUCUUCCUAUUUUUUUUUUAAUUUUAAUUGGGUUAUAUAUUUUUUAAAUUUGUAUACCACUUGUUUUUUUAAAAAAUAUUUUUUUUUUAUUACUUUAUUUAAAAAAAAUUUUUUUAAGGCAUCUUUUGAUGUAUUUUCAAAAUUUAUUUUUUAAUUUUGUUAAAAAAUUUUUUAGAAUUUUUUGUAUUGUUUUUUAAACUUUAUUUUUAUAAUUUUCUUGCAAUAAUGUAUUUAUCACCCCACACUUUUCUUUUUCUUCCUUUAUUUUUUUUUAAUUUCCGAUUAAUCCUCUCUUACUGACACACACUCACUUAUUUUAUAUCAGUUACUUUAAUAUUUAAAGAAUUUUUUUUUCUAUGGAUUCUUUUUUUUUUGGCUAUAUAUUUGCUGCUUUUUCUUCUGCCGCUUUUUCUGCUGCUUUUUCUUCUUCUUCCAUUUCUCGAUUGCUAACUUAUAUAAAUUUUUUUCUUUUUGUUGUGCGUUUAGGAAAACGCCAAGAAGAGAAGCAGGUGUAUCUUUUUAAAGAUAAUUCUUGGAAGAUAUUCAAUUUCAAAAAAAUAAUUUUUUUAAUCCCUCCGGAGAUUUCUAUUCAAUCCUGCUCAAAAAAUAAUAAAAAAAUUUUUGUUUCUUUUUUUUUCGUUUUUUGCGCACAUGCCUUUUGGCGGCGGCAAUAAAAAGAAGUCUUUUUUCCCUCUCUUUUUAAAGCGUCAAUACCCCUACCAUUUUUUUGUUUCCAAUUUUUUUAAAUCUGCCAGUUAGUGCCUUCUUUUUUUCUUUUUUCUAUUGUUUUUAAUGCCGACAAAAAAAGUUGGGGUGGUUGUUUUUGGCACAGAUUUUAAUUUAUAUAAAAAAUAGGGAGACAAUAAAAAAAGAAGACUUAACG